CGCUAUUAAACAAGAGGAACCUUGACUUUCCCCGUUUGGUGCAGGGACGUUGGGGAAAUGCUGAAAUACACAAACAACGCAUUCCUGAUCUUUUCCUAACAACUUUGCCUUUUGCAAAAGGAUUUCCAGUUUUGGACCAGGAUCAGCGGAGCUGAGCUCGCUGGCCAGUGCACAGGAGAUAACGCUGCUGACACGAUUUUAAACCAAAGACAACCUCAUGAUCUGAUAAAGGUAAAGUAUGCGCCAUGCCCAAACCAAAGGCAGCCAAGGGGACGAAGGUGACCCUAAAGAUGGCCAAAAAGGCAGUGAGGAUGACCCCAGAUGGGUGGCACAGGCUAACCCUCAGCAACAUGGGCAUAACCAUCUUCCCAAAGUGCAUCUUCAAAUUGACCAACGUGGAGGAGUUGGACCUCAGCCGCAACCAGAUCCAGAAAAUCCCAGAGAGCAUCGGGAAAUUCCUGUCCCUCAAACGGUUGGAUCUGCACAGCAACAAGCUGGAGUCUGUGCCGGAGUCCAUCGGGAACCUGGUGGGACUGACCCACCUCAAUCUCUCUAAUAAUUUCCUGACCUCCGCUGGGUUGCCCCCUACGCUGGGGCUCCUCACGAGCCUGAAGAGCCUCAAUCUGGGGAUGAACCGGCUGGACGGCCUGCCUACCACCAUGGUGGCUCUAGAGAAACUUCAAGAGCUAGGCCUGUUUGAUAACCUCUUCAUCAGCCUACCUGAGUUUCUGAAAGUCUUAUGUAACCUCACAAAGGUCAACGUGAAACGCAAUCCUUUAUCGUAUGUUCAGGAUGAUGGUGAAGGGACGUUAAAGGAAAAAUCAGAGCCAGACAAAGGUGGAUACCUGGUUCAUAAAAGCAGCAUGUGUAGGACAUGCUUUAGGAAAUGUAAAGAGCAGAGGGCAAGGCAUCCAAAAGGGGGAGGAGGAGCAGGAAGAAUAGGGGGCAGGGGUGGUGGUGAAGAGAUGAGGAUAAAAACUUAUGCAGGAUUAGUUGCACCAAACUCAGUGGCUACAAUCGAUCAGGAUAUGUGGAGAAUAAGAAAGGAGGAACAUGUGCCAAACAAAUUACCAAAGAGCUGUUAACACAAAUAACAAAACUACUCAAAACUAUUAUUUAAACAUCACACAAACCUACUGUAUUGUGCACAGGAUUUAUUUUAUGCUGCAUUUGAACCGUUUGAACUGAUGAAAUAAAAUUGUGAUUUAAAUGAACAUUGAUGUUGAAUUUAAUGAAUUGAUGGAACCCACCUGGCAUUAGCAAUGACCUCAGCGGCCCCUCUGCCUUUUAAUGCUGGUGUGACUGUACACAAGCUACAAGUGUGAAGACAGCAACUUAGAGUCUGAAUGUUAAACGUAUAAAAAUGUUGUUUAUAUCCUUUUUACCGCAUGGUGAUGUUUACCGUUUAUAUGCAGAGACAUGGUCUCUAUUCAGGAAGACUAAGAAGCCUGAAAGACCGUUUUUCAUGAAGAUCUCAAUAGCAUUGUCCUGUUUGGAGAAAGGCACAUACAGUACAUUGUCUAACUAAUGUACAAGAAAUAAAAUGCAUGUUCUGUCAAUCUUAUUUCACUGAGUUCU